UCAGAUACACCGCAUUAUCUCAUGUCAACAUGAUCGACAGCCAUGUUAAGCUUCGUGAUAAGUUUGUUAAGCGCUUUCAGCACAGAUGAUCUCCUUAAAAGUAUAGAGUCUAACCCCCUGACCGAACAGUAAAAGGUACCUCCAAUCAUUUCUAAAGGCUGAGUAUUCAAAAUUCUUGCCAACAGCUAUAUUGUACUAUCUCUUCUGCAGUGAUCAUUUGUUGUUUGUUUCACGAUGGAGGAUUCUGGAAAUGGGCGUGGUGAAUUGGAUACACGUCCUAUCCCGGGAACCAUUCACCUGGUCGAUCUUGAGGGUGUAAUGCGAGGGCAGCAUGCAUCUGCAUCUCGAAUACAGGACGUUGUCCUAGUUCCGUCACCAUCUAGUGACCCAGAUGAUCCAUUGAAUUGGAGCCCAAAGCGGAAAAUGCUAUCGACCGCAUGUAUGUCUAUGUAUACUUUGAUGGUUGGAAUAGCAUCUGCAGCUGUUUAUAGUGUCCUGGAGCCCAUAAGUAAGGACACUGGCUUGACAGUUGAUCAGUUGAACGCCGGUACAGGGUAUAUGUUCUUGUUCUUUGGGGUAAGUUACACUAUCAUGUCUUCUGUCAAUUCAAAUCAUAUGCCUCUGGCCAUGGUCCCCAAAUGAGUGAAGCCCAGGAAAACCGUUACGUUUCCCUGAAACGAAGCAAGCGCUUUCUUUCUUUCCUCUCAGCAUGCAUAGGAUACCAUCCAGAUGGUAGCAGUAUAUUUGAUAUCUUCGGGGGGUCGGCCGCUAAUGUUAUACUUGAGUUCAGUGGGGAUGUUUAAUUGCCCAGCCCAUAGCAUUACAAUAUGGCAAGAGACCGGUGUAUCUAUUCUCCUUGCUAGCAACUCUAGGGUCAGUAAUAUUGUAGUGAUCAUAUUUCCUGUAUUUGUGCUAACGGAACAAGUACCAUGUUAUGGGUGCCGCAUGCUACAACCAAUUCUGCAUGGAUUGGAAGCAAGAUUCUACAGGGAGCUGUCGGAGCUCCUAUCGAGUCCCUAUGUGAAGUAUCGAUUACAGAUAUUUACUUUACCCAUGAAAGAGGUGCUUAUAUGGGACUAUAUGCAUUUAUGCUGACUGGAAGUAAUUUUUUAGCCCCAAUACUUGUGAGUUAUAGGAUAUUGAUAACAUAAUGGCAUUCUGGCUUACAUCAUUGUAGGCUGGCUUCAUCAAUGACGGGCAAGGGUGGAGAUGGGUGAUGUAUUGGUGCGCCAUCUUUCUAGCCAUCGGUUUUGUAUUCUGCUUCUUCCUAAUGGAGGAGACAAACUACGAUAGAGCACCUCCGGAAAUAAAAAAGUCCCUGGGCAACACGCCUGAAGCGAUUACACCAAAAGAGGGGAUGAUCCAAGAGAAGUCCUCUAAUUCUUCAACGUCACUGGAUCCCGAAAAAGAUACAAGCAUCGGCGUUUCAAACUUGGCCACUCAAACCAUAGAACGUGGAGCCGUUCAUUACACGCCGAAGACGUACCUGCAAAAGUUGUCGCUGAAGGAUAAGAAACGAGAUUUCAGACUAUUCCGUAUGGUGGUCCGGCCUCUCAUUUUCAUGUCUCUUCCAUCGGUUGCCUACGCUGGGUUCUCGUAUGGUAGCAAUUUGAUCUGGUUCAACGUUCUCAAUGGGACGGCCUCGUUGAUCUUAAGUGCCCCGCCUUAUAACUUCUCUUCUUCUAUGGUUGGAUUGUCGUAUGUCUCACCGUUACUCGGUGUAGCUUGUGCUUCAUUUUAUUCUGGUGUCAUAGGGGAUAGAGUGGUAUUGUGGCUCGCCCGGCGCAACAAAGGCGUCUUGGAAGCAGAGCAUCGACUUUGGUUAUUCCUAUUAUCCGUCAUUCUCAUACCUUCCUCCUUAAUCCUUUGGGGUGUUGGAGCAGCUCAACACAUACAUUGGUUCGGCCUUACAGUUGCCAUGUUCCUGAUUGCUGCUUCAAACGGCAUUGGUGUUCAGUUGUCUGUCUCGUAUUGUAUUGAUGCUUAUAAAGACUUGAGUGGCGAGGCCAUGGGUACGUCCUUCCCCCUGUUCCAUUUUCAUUUCUACGUUCCAAGCUAAAGGUGCUUAUAGCAAGUGUGAUUGUUAUCCGAAAUACAAUGAGCUUUGCGAUGGGUUAUGGGAUCACACCUUGGGUCACAAAUAUGGGUUACCAAAAUGCUUUCAUUGUGGCUGCCUUUGCUGGUCUUGCUCAAGUCCUGACUUUCUUUGCAGUAGUAAAAUGGGGCAAGAGUUGGAGAAAUAACACAAAGGGAAGAUACUACAAAUACUUGAAGGAAAGCGAGACCUUAAGAAUUACGCACUAGCAGAGCUAGAUGUCGAGAAGUGAGGAAAUCUUCAAUUCAGUCGUGGCUAUUCACCUGCCUGCCACUUUUUUGAAGUUUCGAUUCGGCCGAUGCCUCGAAAAGGCGUGUUCCAAUGGGAGGAAGAGUCUAUCGUAAUACUUACACUUCUAAAU